AUGGAGACUGUGGCAGUUGCUUCCAUGGCCACACCACCUCCCACGCCCCCAAGCCCAGCAUCUGCCCUCCCUCCAGCAGAUCCCAGCGAGGUACCUGUUGAUGAGGAGGUGCCCAGCAAGGCCAUCGAGGUGGACCUCAACAAGCACCCAUCUGGGAUCGUCCCCCAGUUGCAGAACGUCGUGUCGACAUGCUACCUGGGCCGGAAACUGGACCUCAAACACAUCGCCUUGCAUGCCAGAAAUGCCGAGUACAAUCCCAAGCGGUUCGCAGCAGUGAUCAUGCGGAUACGGGAACCGAAGACCACGGCGCUCAUCUUCAGCUCGGGCAAGAUGGUGUGCACGGGCGCCAAGAGUGAGAGCGACUCACGCCUCGCCGCUCGCAAGUACGCCCGCGUCAUCCAGAAACUGGGCUUUGACAACGCCAAGUUCCAGGACUUCAAGAUCCAGAACAUCGUGGCCUCGUGCGACGUGCGCUUCCCCAUCCGCCUCGAGGGCCUCCAGCACAAGCAUGGCAUCUUCUCGCACUACGAGCCCGAGCUGUUCCCGGGGCUGAUAUACAGGAUGAAGAAGCCCAAGGUGGUGCUGCUGAUCUUCGUGUCGGGCAAGGUGGUGCUGACGGGUGCGAAGCACAGGGACGAGAUAUAUGAGGCUUUUGAGAUGAUCCACCCUGCGCUGCUGGAGUUCAGGAAGGGCGACCCACAGGCGGUCCUGGGCAAGCAGUCUGCUGUCAGCAUCGAGCCAUCUUCCUUGGGGUUAGAAACUACGCGGAUCAAGAUCGAGGGGGAGAGUUUUGGGUUGCCGCUGCCUUCACCAGGGUCCAGCAUGAUGCCCACCAGCCCCAGCCACAUGCUGCCGCCCCCCACGCCCUGGGGCCACAGCCUGCCGCCGCCAACGCCCUCGUACAGCGGCCUCCCUCCUUCGACGCCCAUGCACAGUCUGCCCCCAUGCACACCAUCCCACGUGGGCCUGCCGCCCCCGACGCCAAGCUACAAGAUCGAGCCGCAGUUUCCCUGA